AUGGCAGAUGCGAGAAGUCACAAUCAAGGAAACCAAGAUCGCAAAUAUACGCUCGAGCAAAAGACCGCCGUCCUUCGAGUUCGACGAUGUUCACCGACGGCAUUUUAUGAAAUUCUCGGAUUAGAAGAUGUCAAGACUACUGUGACGGAGUCCGAAAUUAAAAAGGCCUACAGGAAAUUGAGUCUGUUAACUCACCCGGAUAAGAAUGGCCAUGAACAUGCGGACGAGGCGUUUAAAAUGGUCAGCAGGGCUUUUGGAGUGCUUGGUGAUAAGGAAAAGAAACAGAAGUAUGACAAAUAUGGGGGUGACCCGGACUCAAGGUUUGGAACUGGAAGUGCGCCGCAGAGCAAUCCUUUUGCUGGGGGGUUCGGACAGAGAACAAGUAGAGGACAGCAGCAGGCGGGGGGUAGUAUGUGGGAAGAGGAAAUCAGCCCUGAAGAGAUGUUUGCUCGAUUCUUUGGAGGUGGUACUGGUGCCGGUGGGCCGUUUGGGGGGUUUGGGGGUGGAGGCCCUGGGUUUGUCUUCAAUAUGGGAGGAGGUCCCGGUGUGAGAGUUCAUCAGUUUGGUGGAGCGGCCCCGCGAAGGAGACCGAGAGAUCCCAAUGCGCCCCCCGAGCCAGCGCCAUCCGCUUCAAGCGUCUUUAUGGGACUUCUGCCCCUGCUUAUAUUCUUUGUCGGUCUUCCUCUACUCUCGAACCUUUUAGGUGGGGAGUCAGGCUCCUCCGGUCCCCAAAUGCGAUUCGAUCACGCGCAACCUCCACAAAGCAUGUCUCGGCACUCCAAAAACUACCAGAAAGAAUACUGGAUCAAUCCGAACGAGGUGCAAAGCUACUCGACAAAGAUGUUUUCAACCCUGGAUUCCAAUGCAGACGUCUUGUAUGUGAAGGAACUGCAGUACAAGUGCACUCUUGAGCAAGAUCGGAAACAGAACAUGAUAAACGAUGCUCAAGGUUGGUUUUUCCCUGAUAUGGAAAAACUGCAGAAAGCAUCUCAACUACCUAUGACGAACUGCAAGACUUUGGGAGACCUUGGCCAGAGGAAGCGUAUGUGA